AUGGCAAGGCAAAGAGAAAUGCAAUGGACUCAGAAGGCAUACUUGCUCAUGCAAGAAAUGAGAUUUCUUUGGUCUUCCUUGUUACCAUCCACUGGCUGUAAUAUCAAGUCAAGACUUAUGGUGAAAACAAGCAAUCCACCCAUCAAACCUCAUGUGUAUCACAAGCAAGCUAGAAGGCCAAAGAAAUCUAAGAAUGGCAUAAUGCAACUAAUUGUGAUCGGAAUGAUGGAGAAAGGCAGGCGAGGUAGAAGGCCAAGGCAAGUUGUAAAUAGGCAAGAUGUACCUACCGAACCUGUAAGUACCCAAAAUGCUACUAGCCAAACUCCCCACUCCAUGCCAAUGAGAACGGCAAAACUAACGAUAUGA